AUGUCUUUCGACCUACCUUCAACCGUUCACAUCUCCACGCAUCCGUGUCUCCAGGCCAAGCUCUCCCAACUCCGCGCCAGCACCGCAAACUCUAGAGAAACGAAAGCUUUGGUCCAUGAGAUUGCACUCAUCAUAGGCUGCGAAGCUACAGCUGCUGGGCUCACCAUCAAGACCGGAGAGACUGCCCAGACCCACCUGGGAUAUGAAUACACCACCACCAAUGUAUCGCCGAGUACUAUUUCCAUAGUUCCGAUUCUGAGAUCUGGGCUAGGCAUGCUGGAUGCAAUCCAAACCAUCCUCCCCCAUCCAGCAGCAGUCCACCACCUCGGUCUCUUCCGAGAACCUACCACGCUUGAGCCCGUAGAAUACUACAACAACCUCCCCUACCACCGUCCCGCCGCCAACACGCCCUCCGACUCCCCCAAUUCUCAAGCCUCCGAGCUUGCCAUCCUCCUCGACCCAGUCAUCGCCACCGGUGGCACUUCUGCCGCAGCCAUCCAGACACUAAAAGAAUGGGGCGUCAAGAGAAUUAUUGUGGUUGCCGUCCUCGGAGCCGUGGAGGGUCUCAAGCGAGCGGCGAGUGAGUGGCCCGAGGGUACAGAAAUUUGGGUCGCAGGUGUUGAUGGCGAGGUCACGGAGAAGGGGAUGAUCAAGCCUGGAUUGGGGGAUGUGGGUGAUCGGCUGUUUUUGACGAUUGGGAAGUGA